CCCCUGUCCUCUGCCCUGCCAGCAGUGACCCCUGUCCUCUGCCCUGCCAGCAGUGACCCCUGUCCUCUGCCCUGCCAGCAGUCACCCCUGUCCUCUGCCCUGCCUGCAGUCACCCCUGUCCUCUGCCCUGCCAGCACAGUCACCCCUGUCCUCUGCCCUGCCAGCAGUCACACCCUGUCCUCUGCCCUGCCAGCAGUCACCCCUGUCCUCUGCCCCUGCCAGCAGUCACCCCUGUCCUCUGCCCUG